AUGGCAAGGUCAUCAGUUGUAUCUUCUGAUGGUUUAGGACCGAAAAUUUUCAACGAAGAUCUAGUAAAGGAAGUGGUGGUUAGUCAUGAAGGUGCAGGUGAUUUCAGAACCAUCCAAGCAGCCAUCGACUCCAUUCCCUCUGGUAACAACAAUUGGACUAAGAUUUAUCUUAGAGAUGGAACCUACAACUUCAUCAGCGUCCAAGACACACUUGCUGAUGGAUUUGGCCGUCACUACUUCCAAAACUGUUACAUCGAAGGAGCCAUCGAUUUCAUAUGGGGUUAUGGCCAAUCUAUAUACCAAAACUGCAUGAUAUAUGUUAGAGGAGUGACAUCAAAGCAAAUGUUAGAGAUUGAAGGAAUGUUAGCGGGAUUCAUAACCGCGCAAGGGAGGGGAAGCGAGCAAGACACAAGUGGAUUUGUGUUCAAUGAUUGCGUGAUUGAAGGAGAUGGUAAGGCAUUCUUGGGAAGAGCUUACAGAGGCUACUCUAGAGUUGUCUUCUAUGGAACCAAUAUGUCCGAUGUUGUUGUUCCUCAAGGAUGGAAUGCUUGGUAUUAUGAAGGCCAUGAGGAUAAAUUUACAUUUGUGGAGGUAGACUGCACAGGCGAAGGAGCAAAUAAGCAAGGAAGAGUUGCCUGGGAGAAGAAGCUCUCAGCUAAUGAUGUUGGUUUUCUUAUUGAACCUAAAAGUUUCAUUAACGGAGAUGGUUGGAUGGCAACUCUUCCUUCUUCUCUCGUCUCUUUAUAUUUACCAUCUUCCUUCUUCAGAAUUUGA